AUAACAGAAGGUCGUCUAGUUAUGUAGACGACAGACGUACCCACAGCAGUUUUUAUUGGUUGUUAUUUAGUGUUUAUGUUAUUUCAUUAGUUAUAUUUAUCAAAAUGUUCCGUAUAGUUUUAUGUUUAAGUUCAUUAUUAAUAUUAUUUCCUCAAAUAAUUAAAACCACUACAGUUUAUAAAUGUGGAACACGGAAUCAAGAAAUUUUAAAUAAUGUAACAGUAACAAUUGAAAAUUGUACUACCACAUCAAGAUGCUCAUUAAGACGAAAUAGUACCAUGCAUAUACAAAUUAAAUUUAAACCAGAAUUUGAUGUAAAGGAUUUAAUCACAGAAGUGUAUGGUAUAGCACUAAAUAUACCAAUACCCUUAUUAGGAGUAGAUAAUAAAAGUGUAUGCAAUAAUCUCUUUGAAGAAAAUGGAACAAAAAAAAAGUGUCCUGUACUAAAGGGUAGGACAUAUGUUUAUAAAGAUGAGAUAUACAUUAUUGAAGCAUAUCCCAAGUUUAAGGUAGAUAUACAUUGGAGUUUGAAGGAUCCCAUUUCAAGAAAUAUUGUUACUUGUUUUGAAGCACCAGCAAAAAUUAUUGAUUAAUAUUUAAUUGUAUUUUUUUUUUGUAUUUUAAUUAAAAAUAAAUAAACAAAUAUAGUUUGAUCUUCUACUGAACA